GCACAAGGACAAAAAUCUAACCUCUAAUUUUAAGUUUUUGACAGCUCGACUCCAAUUUUUCGGAUUGUCGUUUAUUGUUUUAUUUGCACGUAAUGAGUGAUUCGAAUUUAAAUGAAGAUGUAGAGGAGGAGCUUUCUUUAUGUCCUUCGACUCUUGCUGCGCUUCAGGAAUUUUAUGCAGAGAGAGAAGAGAGGGAAAAAUUAGAAAAAAGUGUGUUAGACAAUGAAAUUUUGUUUGACGAGAAUUGGCAAUUGAGUCAAUUUUGGUACGACGAUGAAACUAUUAAAAAAUUAACAAAGGGUGCCAUAAGGUCUACUGAAAACAAUGCUAGAAUUGCUUUAGUUUCCUGUCCAACUUUAUACAAAAGCGUUAAAAAUGUUUGCGGGGACAGAGAAGUUACACUUUUUGAGUACGAUCAACGUUUCCGUGCCUUUGGUUCGGAUUACGUUCCAUACGAUUACAACGACCCUUUAAACUUUCCUCAUAAAUUAAUAGAAAGUUACGACCUAGUGAUAGCGGAUCCACCCUUCUUAUCAGAGGAAUGUUUGACAAAAACAGCUUCGACGAUAAAGUCCUUAACGAAAGGAAAAAUCUUAAUCUGCACAGGUGCAGUUAUGAAAGAAUUAGCAGAGAAAUUACUGAACGUGACGAAAUGCAAGUUUGAACCUAGUCAUAGAAAUAAUUUAGCAAACGAAUUUUGGUGUUAUUCGAAUUUUGAAUUCGAUAAGGCCUUAAAAUAAAUAUUUUUUAUAAAAAAA